AUGGUGAACCAGUCGUCAGCAUCAUCAGCCACAGCGGUUGCAAGUGCAGCGUCGCAUCGCCGUGAGCACCCCGGGCAUGAAGACUCCCAACAGAGUGGUCUCUUGUCAAACAAGACACGUGCCGAUGUCAAAGACUCCGAUCUCUUUGAGAACGUCACCAGCAUUCAGCAACUGUUCGGAUCCCUUCAAGGAGCAGCUUUGCUGGAGAAGUGCUUGGAAUUCUAUCAGGCCGAUGAGUUGGAUAUCCCUUGGUUCUCCGACGAUGGGACUCGCACGGUCGUUAGAUCGGAGUUGAGCCGGCCCAUUCAAGAGGCAACGGUCAGUCGCUACAUGACACGCAUAUGGAACGAAGGCCUGAGUCAGAUGGUCUCAGGUGAAGCGAUCUUCCGGUACCGGACGGCUGAUCACACCCUUCCGCUAUCUGCCGGUGGUUUUAACCACCGCGCGGAGGCCUUUUACCGCUGCCGAGACGAGCAGCCGGACCACCCGAUGGUCCAGAACGCGUUGACUCGAGGGUUGAGGAAGGUCAAGGUCUUGCAUGAACGCACGCCGGACUGCGUUUUCAAAAAGGUCAUCGUCCUCCUCAACGCCUUCCAUCAGGGCAGCGGGGAAAACCACCUCGACUUCCUGGCAGAGGCACUGGGCAUAGAGCACGCUUGGCGGGCAGAGUGUCGCGUCAUCCAGAUCAACACGUACAACCCCCGCUAUUCCGCUGCAUAUGACGCCUUUAUACUGAGCAAAGGCAGUAGUCCGGAGUUCAACGGGUUUUUCAAGCAGAAGAACCCCUACUACACGGCACUCGCUCUAGCACACCAUCUACAGAACUACGGCGUCUACGACAAAGUCGUACAGUGGACCAACGCUUUCGUGGACUUUCUGGACCCCCGAUAUGAGCCACAGAACACCAUCAACACCAUGCACGCCAUCACGUCUCUCAUUGUGACGUCCCAAAAGAAAUAUUGCCUCAAGGCCAAAAUCGGUAUCAUCAUAUUCGAGGCCGUGAAGGCCUGUGUCCCGUGCUCAGCGGUGGUCGUGUUGUGUUGCUUGUAG